AUGAGUUUUCUGCCCUACUUCUCUGCUGAGACCUGGACACUCCUGGCCCUCCUCAUCACCCUCAUAGUGGUGUAAGGACUUCAAAUGAAAUUGUAUUACAUCAAAUCAAAUGUUAUAUGCCACAUGCAUAGUAGUUAACCGGUGUAGACUAACAGUGAAAUGCUUACUUGGGGGUCAUUUUCCAACAAUGCAGAGUUAAAGAUAUUUUUUUAUUUUUUGGAAAUACUUCUCUAGAAUAUAUUACUAGUUAAUGUGUGUGUAUGUGUAUAGGUAUGGAUACUGGCCCUAUGGUGUAUUCACUAAGAUGGGAAUCCCUGGACCCAAACCCCUACCUUACCUUGGCACUAUGAUGGAGUAUAAAAAGGUUUGUAAUAAUAAUAUGCCAUUUAGCAGACGCUUUUAUCCAAAGCCACUUACAGUCAUGCCUGCAUACAUUAUUUUGUGUAUGGGUGGUCCCGGGGAUCGAACCCACUACCUUGGCGUUACAAGCGCCGUGCUCUACCAGCUGAGCUACAGAGGACCUCUAUAUAUAUAUAUAUGUCUAUAUACAGUGUUGUAACAAUGUGCAAAUAGUUAAAGUACAAAUGGGAAAAUAAAUAAACAUAAAUAUGGGUUGUAUUUACAAUGGUGUUUGUUCUUCACUGGUUACCCUUUUCUUGUGGCAACAGGUCACAAAUCUUGCAGCUGUGAUGGCACACUGGUUUUUCAACCAGUAGAUAAGGGAGUUUAUCAAAAUUGGAUUUGUUUUCGAAUUCUUUGUGGAUCUCUGUAAUCUGAGGGAAAUAUGUGUCACUAAUAUGGUCAUACAUUUGGCAGGAGGUUAGGAAGUGCAGCUCAGUUUCCACCUCAUUUUGUGGGCAGUGUGCACAUAGCCUGUCUUCUCUUGAGAGCCAGGCUGCCUACGGCGGCCUUUCUCAAUAGCAAGGCUAUGCUCACUGAGUCUGUACAUAGUCAAAGCUUUCCUUAAGUUUGGGUCAGUCACAGUGGUCAGGUAUUCUGCCACUGUGUACUCUCUGUUUAGAGCCAAACAGCAUUCUAGUUUGCUCUGUUUUUUUGUUUGUUCUUUCCAAUGUGUCAAAUAAUUAUCUUUGUUUUCUCAUGAUUUGGUUGGGUCUAAUUGUGUUGUUGUUGUUGUCCUGGGGCUCUGUGGGGUCUGUUUGUGUUUGUGAACAGAGCCCCAGGACCAGCUUGCUUAGGGGACUCUUCUCCAAGUUCAUCUCUCUUUAGGUGAUGGCUUUGUUGUGGAAGGUUUGGGAAUCGCUUCCUGUGUGGAUUGUAGAAUUUAACAGCUCUUUUCUGGAUUUUGAUAAUUAGCGGGUAUCGGCCUAAUUCUGCUCUGCAUGCAUUAUUUGGUGUUUUCCAUUGUACACAGAGGAUAUUUUUGUAGAAUUCUGCAUGCAGAGUCUCAAUUUGGUGUUUGUCCCAUUUUGUGAAUUCUUGGUUGGUGAGCGGACCCCAGACCUCACAACCAUAAAGGGCAAUGGGUUCUAUAACUGAUUCAAGUAUUUUUAGCCAGAUCCUAAUUGGUAUGUCAAAUUUGAUGUUCCUUUUGAUGGCAUAGAAGGCCCUUCUUGCCUUGUAUCUCAGAUCGUUCACAGCUUUGUGGAAGUUACCUGUGGCGCUGAUGUUUAGGCCGAGGUAUGUGUAGUUUUUUGUGUGCUCUAGGGCAACGGUGUCUAGAUGGAAUUUGUAUUUGUGGUCCUGGCAACUGGACCUAUUUUGGAACACCAUUAUUUUUGUCUUACUGAGAUUUACUGUCAGGGCCCAGGUCUGACAGAAUCUGUGCAGAAGAUCUAGGUGCUGCUGUAGGCCCUCCUUGGUUGGGGAAAGAAGCACCAGAUCAUCAGCAAACAGUAGACAUUUGACUUCAGAUUCUAGUAGGGUGAGGCCGGGUGCUGCAGACUGUUCUAGUGCCCUCGCCAAUUCGUUGAUACAUAUGUUGAAGAGGGUGGGGCUUAAACUGCAUCCCUGUCUCACCCCACGGCCCUGUGGAAAGAAAUGUGUGUUUUUUAACAAUUUUAACCGCAUUUUUUAAUUUUAACUGGAUUUUAUAAUGUCGUAUGUUUUUCCCCCAACACCACUUUCCAUCAAUUUGUAUAGCAGACCCUCAUGCCAAAUUGAGUCAAAAGCUUUUUUGAAAUCAACAAAGCAUGAGAAGACUUUGCCUUUGUUUUGGUUUGUUUGUUUGUCAAUUAGGGUGUGCAGGGUGAAUACGUGGUCUGUGGUACGGUAAUUUGGUAAAAAGCCAAUUUGACAUUUGCUCAGUACGUUGUUUUCACUGAGGAAAUGAACUAGUCUGCUGUUAAUGAUAAUACAGAGGAUUUUCCCAAGGUUGCUUUGCAAGCAUAUCACCAAUCAAUAUAGUAUCACAUAUCUCUCUAUGCUCAUUCUAUGAUAUGUCUCUAUCAUGUCUCUAUAUAAAUAUAUCUCUCUAUCUAUAGAUAUUCUAUAUCUAUAUCUCUAUAGAUCUAUCCUCUCUCUCUCACCACUCCUCUGUUCU